UACUGCGCAUGCGCACCCCGGCUGCCCAUCUAACUGACCGACUACAUCUCCCGUGAGGCACUGCGCGCGCACUCCGCGGUUACUGGCCGCAACGGGCAGGCAUGCGAGGCAGCUGAGGGGAGUAGUGGAGACAGUGGUCGGCCUUUGGAACCAGACACAGGCAGUGACAAACACAUAUAUCUGACAAAUCGUUGGUGUUAUCCAAGGACUUCAUCUUCUACAAGGUUCAUAGAACGUUCUCCGAUUGACUCCGAGAUGAUGAGUAAAGACAGGAGUCAGAUGAGUGAAAAGAUCUUGCAUUUCACUCUGGAGAUCAUAUAUCUGCUGACUGGAGAGGAUUAUGUUGUUGUGAAGAAGUCUUGUGACCGUGCAACACAAAGUGGCUCUCCGAGUGUGUCAGAAGGUUUCUCCAGGGUCCCAAGUCCAAGCAUGGCUCCUCCAGCAAAUGCCCUUCUAUAUGAGAAAAAAAAUGACAAGAUGAUCCUGGAACUGACCAACAAGAUCAUCCACCUGCUGACUGGAGGGGAAUGGGAGUAUAUUCAGGGACCCAAUGACAUGAACGAAAAGCAGCAGCACCACAGACCGUUGGAAACAGAUGUACCAGUGUCCAGAAAUACUACUGCAGCAUCGGGAAUCCCUACUUCUUCGCCUCAUUGUAUAAUUGAAGACAAAUGGGUAAUCACAGAUAAUCAGAGCGAGAUAUGCCUGAGCUUGUAUAAAUCAAACACAAAAGCAAGUGAAACUGUUACAAUAGUGACCGAUGACGAAUUAUCAGGUGAAGAAGAUAUUGGCGCCCGUAGAAUCACUCCACAAACUCGGCCCGAAUAUAAAUCUCGAAUGAAAGAAAAUCCUGGCUCGUACGAAGAAAGUAAUCAUGCAGAUACAAAUGUAUAUUUACAAACACCGCAAAUAAAGACAGAGUUUCCUUCCAGGAAUGGAAAAAAGGAUCCCGUCUCUUGUGAUGAAGACAGUCUUAUAGAGAUUGAUGGACCUGAAAAAUAUACAACUACUCAUAUUAAGGAGGAACCAAUAUCAUGUGAUGAUGAUGACGACGACGAACUCACGGACGAUGACAGUUACACAGAAACUGAUUAUACGUCUCCUCGUAUCAAAGAAGAAUCAACUUUGUUUGAGGAGGAAAAUCUCACAGCUGAUAUGUGUACACAGAGUGAAAAUAUUCCUGUUAGAAGGGGAUUCAGUAAAUCAUUUGGACUUUUUCCCGUGAGAACAAACCUCAACAGUAAAUCCACCUGUUCAGCAUCCCAAAGUCAACAAUCAAUGUUAAGGACGUAUAUAUGUUCCGAGUGCCAUAAAAACUUCUAUUCCAGUAUUGAUUUUGGUCACGAAGGAUUGCAGCCACUUUGUCCUCCAUGUAAUGAAGAAUUAUGUAACUCACAGCUUACUAUGCAACAGGCAUUUGAUGCUGGAGAUAAGCUAUACGUAUGUCCUGAAUGUGGGAAAUGCUUUAACCAAAUACCUCACCUUCUUGUGCAUCAAAAAAUUCACAUCAACAAGCAGUUCUCUUGUUAUGCUUGUGGGAAAUGUUUUGGGCAGAAGCGUAAUCUUAACAGACAUCUGAGGAUUCAUAUCAAAGACAGACCUUUUGAGUGCACUGAUUGCGGGAAAUGUUUUUCACACAAAAAUAAUCUAAAUAUUCACCAACGGAUUCACACUGGUGAAAAAAUGUAUUCUUGCUCUGAUUGCGGGAAAAGUUUCCGUCGGGCGUCCCAUCUGGUUAUCCAUCAGAGGAUUCACACAGGGGAGAAACCAUACUCCUGUUCUGUAUGUGGGAGAUCAUUCGGGGACAAAAGCAACAUGAAUAAGCAUUUGAAAACUCAUGCAGGGGAGAAUGGAAUUUCAUUUCAAUAACACACUUUUGCUUUUGAAUUGCAUGUCACAGGUAGUGACAUACCUUUAUUAAUCCUAAACUUUCCUUCUGUUGUACAACUGUAUCUUCCAUCAGGAAUCUUUCAGAUCCUUGUGUUUGAAUAACACAUGUAAGUGAUAUUGAAAUCUAACUUCUUUUAUGGCAGCAAUCGUACUACAGAUAUCAUAUGCUAUAGAUUUCUCAGUGGUAGUGGGGAAG